AUGAAAGUCAGUAUUUUAAAAUUUGUUUUGUUUUCAAUUAUUAUUUGUUCUUUUGAAUAUGCCCCAAAAGAAUUAUACUUUAUAAACGAAAGAAACAUAUAUCUUGAAAGGAAUAUAAUAAAUUUUAAAAAUAGUAGGAUAUUAGCAGAUAAAGACAAGCAAUUCGAUUUAAAUAAUUUUUAUGAGUCAACCUUGAGCCUUGCAAAUCAAUUCAGUGAGUACAUUGAUGAUGACGAAGAAAUAACAAAUCUUCGAAAUAUUAUAGAUUCACGUAUAAAGAAGCAUAAAGGAAGUAAUAUAUCACCCAAUUUAAAUAAUGUAGAUGAGAAAACGAAAAAGUUAAUUUAUGAACUUCAGACAGAAUUAGAAGAAGUAAAAAAAGAGCUUGACAAUAUAAGGAAUGAUAAAAUACCAAUACAACCGAUACAAAACGAAAGAAUAAUAAUAAAGGGUGAAAACAUUUCUGUAUCAGAACAUGAAGACAUUAGCCAAUUGGAAAAUGGUGAAAACAUUUCUGUAUCAGAACAUGAAGACAUUAGCCAAUUGGAAAAUGAUGAAAAUUUCUUGGAUACUGAGGAUAAGGAGAUCAGUUCAAGUAGUAAAAACGAAUUAAAAAAUAAUCCAAAGACGAAAAACGUCAUCAAAAAAAUUUUUAUGAAGGGUCUUUUGUUGACUGCAGCUUUUUUGGCGUUAUUCAUAUCGCCAGCCUUAUCAUUUCUGCUUUUAGUUAUGCCGAAUUUGAUUGAUAUGGCUAUGAACAUACGGAAAUUCAUUGAUUCGAAGAUUAAUAAAAUAAAAACAUCAAGAUAG